AUGCACGGACCGCCCUCCGGCGACAGCGCAUGCCCAUUGCGCCUCAUCAAGAGAGUGCAAUUCGGCAUCAUCAGCCCAGAUGAGCUUAAACGGAUGUCUGUCACAGAGGGGGGAAUCAAAUACCCUGAAACCACAGAAGGAGGCCGUCCUAAACUGGGUGGCCUUAUGGACCCGAGACAAGGGGUCAUAGAGCGAUCUGGAAGGUGUCAGACAUGUGCAGGUAACAUGACAGAAUGCCCAGGCCACUUUGGGCACAUAGAGCUGGCAAAGCCAGUUUUCCAUGUCGGCUUCAUAACUAAGAUUAUGAAGGUUCUUCGAUGCGUCUGCUUUUUUUGCUCCAAGCUGUUAGUGGAUUCGAAUAAUCCCAAGAUCAAAGACAUCCUGUCUAAAUCUAAAGGACAGCCCAGAAAGCGUCUGACACACGUAUAUGAGCUGUGCAAAGGCAAAAAUAUCUGUGAAGGAGGGGAGGAGAUGGACAACAAAUUUGGAGUGGAGCAGCAGGAGACAGAGGAGGACAUUUCCAAGGAGAAGGGCCAUGGUGGUUGUGGGCGCUACCAGCCUCGUAUCAGACGCUCUGGCUUGGAGUUGUAUGCUGAGUGGAAACACGUUAACGAGGACUCCCAGGAGAAGAAGAUCCUGCUGAGUCCUGAGCGUGUGCACGAGAUCUUUAAGCGCAUCUCUGAUGAGGAAGACAUUAUCUUGGGCAUGGACCCCAAGUACGCCCGGCCCGAAUGGAUGAUUGUCACUGUGUUGCCUGUGCCUCCCCUGGCUGUCAGGCCCGCUGUAGUAAUGCAGGGCUCAGCUCGCAACCAGGAUGACUUGACACACAAACUGGCUGACAUCGUCAAAAUCAACAACCAGUUGAGAAGAAAUGAGCAGAGUGGGGCGGCAGCUCACGUCAUUGCUGAGGAUGUCAAGCUACUUCAGUUUCAUGUGGCCACCAUGGUGGACAACGAACUGCCAGGCCUGCCCAGGGCAAUGCAAAAGUCUGGCCGUCCCCUGAAAUCCAUUAAACAGCGUCUAAAGGGGAAAGAGGGACGAGUCCGAGGUAAUCUCAUGGGGAAGCGUGUGGACUUCUCCGCCCGAACUGUCAUCACCCCAGACCCCAACUUGCAGAUUGACCAAGUGGGCGUACCCCGGUCCAUCGCAGCCAACAUGACCUUCCCAGAAAUUGUCACACCCUUUAAUAUUGACAGACUACAAGAGCUUGUGCGAAGAGGCAACAGUCAAUACCCAGGAGCCAAAUAUAUCAUCCGUGACAACGGAGACAGAAUUGACCUGCGGUUCCACCCCAAACCAAGUGACCUUCAUCUUCAGAUUGGCUACAAGGUGGAAAGACACAUGUGCGAUGGUGACAUCAUCAUCUUCAAUCGACAGCCUACACUACAUAAAAUGUCCAUGAUGGGGCACAGGGUUCGGAUCCUGCCCUGGUCCACUUUCAGGCUCAACCUCAGUGUGACAACUCCAUACAAUGCUGACUUUGAUGGGGAUGAGAUGAACCUCCACUUGCCUCAGUCCCUUGAGACGAAGGCAGAGAUCCAGGAGUUGGCCAUGGUGCCACGUAUGAUUGUCACACCCCAGUCCAACAGGCCUGUCAUGGGAAUUGUGCAGGACACCCUCACAGCUGUGCGCAAGUUCACCAAAAGGGAUGUUUUCUUAGAGAGGGGCGAGGUGAUGAACCUGCUCAUGUUCCUCUCGACGUGGGAUGGGAAAGUGCCUCAACCGGCCAUUCUCAAACCCCGGCCCCUGUGGACCGGCAAGCAGAUUUUCAGCCUCAUCAUUCCAGGACACAUCAAUGUCAUCCGCACACACAGCACCCACCCUGAUGAGGAGGACAGCGGGCCCUACAAACACAUCUCACCUGGGGACACCAAGGUGAUUGUGGAGAACGGCGAGCUGAUCAUGGGCAUCCUGUGUAAGAAAUCUCUCGGGACAUCAGCUGGCUCCCUCGUCCACAUCUCCUACCUAGAGAUGGGACACGAUAUCACCAGACUCUUCUACUCCAACAUCCAGACUGUGGUCAACAACUGGCUGCUCAUUGAGGGUCACUCCAUCGGUAUUGGUGACUCCAUUGCUGAUGCCAAGACAUACCUUGACAUCCAGAAUACCAUCAAGAAAGCCAAACAGGAUGUGAUAGAGGUCAUUGAGAAGGCCCACAACAACGAGCUGGAGCCGACCCCUGGUAACACACUACGACAGACCUUUGAAAACCAGGUCAACCGUAUCCUCAACGAUGCCCGUGACAAAACAGGAUCCUCUGCUCAGAAGUCCCUGUCAGAGUACAACAACUUCAAGUCCAUGGUGGUGGCUGGAUCAAAGGGUUCAAAGAUUAACAUCUCACAGGUUAUUGCUGUGGUGGGGCAGCAGAAUGUGGAGGGUAAACGGAUCCCCUUCGGCUUCAAACACCGCACACUGCCUCACUUCAUCAAGGAUGACUACGGCCCCGAGAGUAGAGGCUUUGUGGAGAACUCCUACCUGGCUGGCCUGACACCAACAGAGUUCUUCUUCCACGCCAUGGGAGGCAGAGAGGGACUUAUCGACACAGCUGUCAAAACUGCUGAGACUGGAUACAUCCAGCGUCGUCUGAUCAAGUCUAUGGAGUCUGUGAUGGUGAAGUACGAUGCCACGGUGAGGAACUCCAUCAACCAGGUGGUGCAGCUGCGCUACGGCGAGGACGGCCUGGCCGGAGAGGCUGUGGAGUUCCAGAACAUGGCGACUCUGAAACCCUCCAACAAAGCCUUCGAAAAGAAGUUUAAGUUUGACUGCACCAACGAGCGGGCGCUGAGGCGCGUGCUGCAGGAAGAUGUGGUUAAAGAUGUGAUGACCAACGCCCAUGUGCAGAGUGCCUUGGAGAGGGAAUUUGAAAAGAUGCGGGAUGACAGGGAGAUCCUCAGGGCCAUUUUCCCUACUGGUGACAGCAAGGUGGUGCUGCCAUGCAACCUGGCCAGAAUGAUUUGGAAUGCCCAGAAGAUCUUCCGCAUCAACACUCGAACCCCCACAGAUCUCAAUCCACUACGAGUGGUUGAGGGUGUCGGUGACCUUAGCAAGAAGCUUGUGAUUGUGAACGGCGACGACCCCCUGAGCAGGCAGGCCCAGCAGAAUGCCACGCUGCUCUUCAACAUCCACCUGCGCUCCACUCUCUGCUCCAGACGUAUGACUGAGGAGUUUCGCCUUUCCACUGAGGCCUUCGACUGGCUACUUGGAGAGAUUGAGACCAGAUUCAAUCAGUCCAUCACCCACCCAGGUGAGAUGGUUGGGGCUCUGGCUGCUCAGUCACUGGGAGAGCCAGCCACCCAGAUGACCCUGAACACCUUCCACUACGCCGGUGUGUCGGCCAAGAAUGUAACGCUGGGUGUGCCACGUCUUAAGGAGUUGAUCAACAUCUCCAAGAGGCCCAAGACACCCUCGCUGACUGUUUUCCUGCUGGGCCAGGCAGCGCGUGACGCUGAGAGGGCCAAGGACAUCCUGUGUCGACUGGAGCACACAACCCUUCGCAAGGUGACAGCCAACACUGCCAUCUACUACGACCCCAACCCUCAGAGCACAGUAGUGGCGGAGGACCAGGAAUGGGUGAACGUCUACUAUGAGAUGCCUGACUUUGACGUGACUCGCAUUUCACCCUGGCUGCUGCGCAUCGAGCUCGACCGCAAGCACAUGACCGAUCGCAAGUUGACCAUGGAGCAGAUUGCUGAGAAGAUCAAUGCAGGUUUUGGAGAUGACUUGAACUGUAUCUUCAAUGACGACAAUGCUGAGAAGCUGGUUCUGCGAAUCAGGAUUAUGAACAGUGAUGAGAACAAGUUCCAAGAGGAUGAGGAAGUGGUGGACAAAAUGGACGACGAUGUCUUCUUGAGAUGCAUCGAGUCCAACAUGCUCACAGACAUGACUUUACAAGGCAUUGAGCAGAUCAGCAAGGUGUACAUGCACUUGCCCCAGACGGACAAUAAGAAGAAGAUCAUCAUCACGGAGGACGGUGAGUUCAAGGCCUUGCAGGAGUGGAUCCUUGAGACAGACGGCGUGGGUCUCAUGAGAGUCCUCAGCGAGAAGGAUGUCGACCCCGUCAGGACCACCUCCAACGACAUUGUGGAGAUCUUCACGGUGCUGGGGAUUGAGGCUGUGCGAAAGGCUCUGGAGCGGGAGUUGUACCACGUCAUCUCCUUUGACGGUUCCUAUGUCAACUACCGUCACUUGGCCCUGCUCUGUGACACCAUGACAUGCCGUGGCCAUCUGAUGGCCAUCACACGUCACGGCAUCAACCGCCAGGACACGGGACCCCUCAUGAAAUGCUCCUUUGAGGAGACGGUGGAUGUGUUGAUGGAGGCAUCGUCCCACGGUGAAAAUGACCCCAUGAAGGGUGUGUCGGAGAACAUCAUGCUUGGCCAGCUCGCCCCGGCUGGAACAGGGUGUUUUGACCUACUGCUGGACGCUGAGAAGUGUAAAUACGGCAUGGAGAUCCCUACAAACAUACCUGGCAUCAGCGUGGCUGGACCAACGGGAAUGUUCUUCGGCUCGGCUCCAAGCCCGAUGAGCGGCAUGUCGCCCGCCAUGACCCCGUGGAACACCGGAGCUACCCCAGCCUACGGCGCGUGGUCCCCCAGCGUUGGAAGCGGCAUGACCCCCGGUGCUGCAGGUUUCUCUCCCAGUGCAGCAUCCGAUGCAAGCGGCUUCUCUCCGGGCUACUCCCCGGCCUGGUCGCCCACUCCUGGUUCUCCGGGGUCUCCAGGCCCGGCCAGCCCCUACAUCCCCUCUCCUGGCGGAGCUAUGUCACCCAACUACUCGCCCACCUCUCCGGCCUACGAGCCUCGAUCCCCUGGGGGCUACACCCCUCAGAGCCCAGGCUAUUCCCCAACGUCGCCCUCCUACUCCCCCACCUCUCCCUCUUACUCGCCCACCAGCCCAAACUACAGCCCGACAUCUCCCUCCUAUUCUCCCACCUCACCCAGUUACUCCCCGACCUCACCCUCCUAUUCGCCCACAUCCCCGUCUUACUCCCCGACCUCUCCAUCCUACUCCCCAACUUCUCCGUCUUACUCCCCUACUUCCCCCUCCUACUCUCCCACCUCGCCGAGCUACAGCCCUACGUCACCGAGUUACAGCCCAACAUCACCCAGCUACUCGCCCACCUCUCCCUCGUACUCGCCCACCUCUCCCUCGUACUCUCCCACCUCCCCGUCCUACUCGCCCACCUCCCCGUCCUAUUCCCCUACGUCCCCAUCCUACUCACCGACCAGCCCAAGCUACAGCCCUACUUCUCCUAACUACACGCCCACCUCGCCCAGUUACUCCCCUACAUCUCCCUCCUACUCUCCCACAUCGCCCUCCUACUCCCCGACCUCACCCAACUACACCCCUACUAGCCCCAACUACUCCCCCACCUCUCCUUCUUACUCCCCCACCUCCCCAUCUUACUCUCCCUCCAGUCCCCGCUACACUCCACAGUCGCCCACCUACACCCCCAGCUCGCCCUCAUACAGCCCCAGCUCGCCCUCAUACUCGCCCACCUCUCCCAAAUACACUCCCACUUCACCCUCUUACAGCCCGAGCUCCCCGGAGUACACCCCCACCUCACCCAAGUACUCACCCACCUCGCCCAAGUACUCCCCAACCUCACCCAAGUAUUCACCCACCUCACCAACCUAUUCCCCGACGACCCCCAAGUACAGCCCCACUUCGCCCACAUACUCUCCCACCUCCCCUACCUACACCCCGACCAGCCCCAAAUACUCACCCACUUCGCCCACUUACUCCCCGACUUCGCCCAAAUACUCCCCCACCUCCCCUACCUACUCGCCAACUAGUCCGAAAGGCUCCACUUACAGCCCCACCUCCCCAGGAUACAGCCCCACCUCGCCCACCUACAGCCCAGCCAUCAGUCCCGAUGACAGCGAUGAGGAGAACAACUGAGCUACGAAGACGGGGAGGCAGCUGAGGACGGAGGACGCCCCCUACUGCCCUGCAAGCAUCCCCCCUCACCUCAUGGCGGACAACUGAGGGAUCUUUAACCAGCUGGAGGUGGUGGUGCUCCUGGUCGCGGCUACGCAAAGCCACAGGGGUUACAAUUGUGAAUUUAUUUUUUAAAGGAAACCCCAACUUGGGGACCUUUUUUCUAGCCCUGUCUUGACCAUCUUAGGGAGCGGGCCCCCACCCCCCCAAAAAAAUACUACUAUCGUAUCUGAUAAACCUGAACUGUUUAGUCAGAAGGAGAAAAAAUGGCUGCCUUUUGAAAUUUACCAUAGUCUUGUUUUUAAUUUCUACAUGGGGUACAGAAUUGCAAAGUAUAUAAAACUGAGAGGAAAGAGGUGGAGGAAAAUGAGGUGAACUCACAAAGGAAGAAAAUCUUCCUUUUUCCAUCCUACAUUUCACUGCAUCCAGUCUCUCUCUCACUCUGUAUUUCAGUGUUGGAUGUAUAGCUGUUUUGGAAAGCUUAAGUAUUGCCAAAUGCCUUUGAGAAGCUAACAAGCCGAUUGUAUUUAUCACCUCAAACAUAAGCUUAACAGAAUCAAGAAGGUAGGGUUUAGACUGUCUUUACUGCAUAUUUUACUGGGAUGUAUCUUGUAGAAAUGUUGCUGUUUUUGUAAAAAAUACAGUUGCUGCCAACUUUGGGUGUGUGUAUGGAGGGGGUGAGGAGGAAGAAGAUGGAGUUUAGAUUUUUGAUAUGUCAAAACGACUGGGUCACAACUGAAGAGAAAUGAUUUUUACAACUUGGUGAACAAAACCGGCAGCAGCAAACUAACAGCUCUGUCACACAGCGUAACGUAUGCUGCACUAUAGUGCAAGAGGAGGGUCGAGAUGUUGAUGGACAGAAAUCAAAGAUGGAGCGAGAGAGAAACUGAUAAGCAGGGAAAUCAAAUGCUUACCGUAAAUCCCCAUGCUGAUGUUUUUUGUUACCACUCAGAACAUCUUGCCGCUUACCUAAACUGACCCGUUGCCCUCCCCUCCUCUCCCCUUGCACCCCAAAGACAAACCUGAAAGAUGUCAUAAAACACCCACCAGCAUCCUUUUGUCCUUUACCAUUUGGAGACUUGUUCAACAAAAGCAAAAAAAAAAAAAAAAAAAAAACUUUUCCAGAAAAUAUUCUUCCCUUGACAAUGGGAAUUUAAAGGUUUAUAUGAAAACAUAAUGAAAACAUAAUACUGUCAGAAUGAUAAUUCUGUCUUUAAUUUUGAUUCUAGGAGGAAAUGGGGCAACAAAAAAAAAAGUGGAUGAGGGAUACUAGUUUGGCGUUGCUGCUUUUGUCAUUGUUUGCAUGAGUAGCACAUGUUAAUACAUUUUAAUCAAGCUUUAGGUUAAAACUUUGAAUCCCUCCUACUCUUAAUAAUCCUUGUCCCAUUUCUGAUAGCUGAUGUGUACAUGCGUUUUCACUUUAUUUGGACGCACUAUUCAGUUUAUUUAAGGAAAAAAAAGAGAAAGUUAACUACUAUUCUGUGUGAAUACGAAUAGAGGAAAAUUAAGGAUUUUAAUUUUUUGCUUUUCUCUUUGUUUGCUUUUGGUGACUUUGUAAACCUGUUUGCAGGAGGCUCAUGUUCAGACACUGUGGAUGAAGGGGCUGGGGACGGAGGGGAGUACACGAUGUUUUUGCUCCACACCUCACAGUGCCCCCCCCCCAUUCUUCCCCCCCAACAGUCCUAGUUUUGCCAUGACGGCUCUCUUAAAAGCAAGACUGACCGCUCUAUUCACCAACAGUUGUACAAAACGUUGCAUGCUGUCAUUCUUGAAGGCUCGCGCUGUAAAAAGUGUCACCAGGGUUGACUUUUCUUCAGUCUAGGUAGAAGUGCAAAGGUUCAGUGCUCAGUUGGGACACCAGAGGGCAACAUUUGUCCUGUUGGCCAGUUCUUAGCCUUUCCUCAAGGUGGAGUGAAACUGUUUCAUUCUUUUUUUUUUUCUUUUCUUUUUUUUUUCUUAAAGAGAUUGUCCAAAGAAACAGCACUUUUGGCCUCUCUAUAAUAAACCCCUACCCACUACAUUAGUGUGAACUUUUGAAUAUGACAUUUACUUUCAAGGUGCUUUUACAAGAGACUAGGCCUAGUUUGUUUUAGGGAAAGGUGUCAGAUAUGCCCGGUUGACAGUGGAACGCUUUUUUUUUUCCCCUGCCACCCUUCCCCUCCUCGUUCCAUUCAAUCGGUGUAACACAUCUUCACACGAUUCCUGAAUUUAUUGGACUAGCUGGGUCUCCUCCCUCUCCCCUCUUCAUCCACAAGUGAUCCUGAUCGUUUCUGAAAUCAGUGUUUGUUCUUUUUUUCUACCAGUGUAUGUACCUGUGACUGGGGAAAUCUCGGGGUGGGAGGAAGGGCGGGCGGGGGGGGGGGAGAUCUAGUACUGGAUCUGACUGGGAGUCCUCAGGAGGUUUUUCAUCUCCUCACAGAUUACAUCCAGAAAUUUGGAUUAUACUCUGAAAAUGGUUCAACCAAGUAUUUCUUGCAAAAUCGCCUUGAAUUGAAGGGACUGCAUCUUCUGGCCUUUUGAGAUAUGCACAGGUUUGGGCAUUGCACUUGAGUAAAUCUGCUGGUGGACUUUGGGGCUUUCCCGGAAGCCCAAGACAUUGUGAAUUUGUCCAAUAUCCUUGCAUCCAGUCCUCCUGUCUUUUUGCCUUCCACUCAAUUCAGGAUGUCAGGACUCCCAGCUGUAUGAAUGCCUGUGUGUGUGAGUGAUUCUGUGUGCGUGUGUGUGAAAGGGCGAGACAGGGUUUCAAGUUGGAGAAGACUUCACAUUUCUGGGGAAAGUAAGGUUUAAAUUAAAGAAUUGCCACUGUAUAGAAAUCAAUCCAAUAUCUCAUUCUCUGUAUCUUUGUUCUGUUUGUUUUUGACUUGAAAAAAUGAAUAAAAGUUUUACUACA